AAUAUAUUUUUGCUCAAUCACAGGUAAACACCACUCUUUCUCUCUCUUGUUCCCUCCCUAUACGAAUAUAAAUUCCAAAGCGAAAGCGAAAAACUUCGAAUUCAAGAGAGAAAUUGCGGUUUUAGGGUUUUGUUUUUCAGAAUCCCGAGGCUAAAUCUCUCUUCAAUUCAUCACAAAUUCCAUAUAAAUACAUCGAAAUAACCAAUCACAAUACUUGCUUUUGAUUGAUUCUUGAAAAAUCGAAUCGCUUUUUGAGAUUCCAGAUAGGUAAUUAGGGUUUAUAUAGAGAAAAAGUGAAGUGGGUUGAAUCAAGUUAGAUUUUUUCUUUGUGUGUGUGGUUGUGGUGGCUCUGGUUUGAAAGAUGGCGGAUGUGACACUGCAUAUAUACGAUGUGACGAAUAGUGGAUCGGAGAAAGCCAACAACACCAUUCUUCAGAUCAAUAAGAUCUUUAAGGAUGGUAUUGGUCUUGGUGGCAUUUUUCAUAGUGCUGUUCAGGUUUAUGGAGAGGAUGAAUGGUCAUUUGGAUACUGUGAGCAAGGUACUGGGGUUUUUAGCUGCCCUUCUGGACAGAACCCAAUGUACACAUAUCGUGAAUCCAUUGUUCUAGGGAAAACAAACCUUUCCAUUUUCAAGGUAAAUCAAAUAUUGAGAGAGCUCAGUAGAGAGUGGCCUGGAAGUGCAUAUGAUCUGUUGGCCAAAAACUGCAACCACUUCUGUGAUGAAUUCUGUGAAAGGCUUGAUGUACCAAAACUUCCAGGUUGGGUUAAUAGGUUUGCUAAUGCUGGUGAUACUGCCAUGGAAGUUGCAGAGAAUACGGCAUUACGGUUCCGGCAAGCGAAAACAGAGAUUGUAUCAGCGAGCAAAGUAGCAUACAGGUUCCUCCUAGGCGUUACAAAUAACGUUACUAACAAUGUUACAAACAACAUUAAAACAGGUCCUGAUUCCCCCAACAGUUCCAACAGCGGAGUGUCUUCCCCAAGAUUUCAAGCUUCUUGGUUGAAAAAUAUAAUUACCAAUGGUGCAAAACCAUCCACUAGUUCAGAAGCUGAGAAUCACAAUGGAGUUGCUCCAUUACACCCAACGAGAGAGGAUGACAAGGCUCUGCUACGUAAUUCAUCUUCUCGUAGUUCAUCGUCUCGUAUUGAUAGUUGAUGAAAAGGAAUCUGUGUCAAAAAUGCUUAGUUACUCUCUGAUGUGUAUUGUGUACUAUUUUGAUAAGUCACAAAAAGGAAACAGAAUUUUUCAUGGUAUUCAUUGUGUAUCAAAUGUAUAAUUUUCAUUUGUUGUAUAACUUCAAAACCUUAUUAUUGGUGCCUGGUGAAACUAUUGUUCAAUGAAAGGUUAUUGUUUAGAUGUC